AUGUUCCCGAGGGUGCCAAAUCAAAUCGCAUGCAGCAUCCAAAUGGAGGUAUGCAAAAGCGAACCCAAACAAGUGGGCCCAAAGUUGUUCUCAAGGCUGAAAAAAGUGGACAACACCAACAACCAGCGGCUGAGCGAGCUCCCGUGCCAGAAGGCUGUCAACCUGGAGUUCAACAACCUCUCUUUCACCAUCCAGCAGGGAAUCUGUUUGAAGAAGAAAGGUUUCAAAACGCUCCUCGACAAUCUGUCCGGACAAUUCAACAGCAAAGAGCUCACUGCUAUCAUGGGACCUUCCGGAGCUGGCAAGUCCACAAUGAUGAAUGUCCUGGCGGGAUAUAGGGAAAAGGGCAUGACGGGCCAAAUCCUGGUAAACGGUCACCCGAGGGACUUGGUGAAAUUCCAGAAGAUGUCAUGCUAUAUUAUGCAAAUGGAUGUCUUAAUGCCUCACCUCUCAACAGAGGAGGCUAUGAUGGUGGCAGCCCACUUGAAACUAAAUGAAUCGUUACAGGUCAAAAGGAAGAUAGUGAACGAAGUCCUGACAGCUUUAGGCCUGAAGAGCUGUGCUAAAACACGCACCAACAAUCUGUCAGGUGGCCAGUCGAAGAGACUGGCCAUUGGUCUCGAGCUGGUCAACAAUCCGCCGGUCAUGUUCUUUGAUGAGCCCAUCAGUGGUUUGGACAGUGCAACAGCCAUCCAAGUCAUUUCUCUCCUAAAGUGUCUGGCUAAUGGAGGCCGGACAAUCAUCUGCACUAUUCAUCAGCCCAGCGGCAACCUCUUUCAGAUGUUUGAUAAGCUGUUCAUUCUCAGCCAAGGCCAAUGUAUAUACAAAGGCACAGUCUCUCACCUCAUCCCUCACCUGACCAACCUCAACCUUCAUUGCCCAAUAUAUCACAAUCCAGCGGAUUUCAUCAUAGAGGUGGCGACGGGAACGCACGGGGACAUGCAGGCCGUGUUGUUUCAGGCCGCUCGAAGCAGCCCGUGCUGUGAGGAGAGCGUAGAGGACAACCAGGGUUCCUCCAAAAAUUUGGAAUCUGAGCUAAUGCCCCUUGAAUUGUCGUACUUUGCCACAAGUAUGUUCAAACAAUUCUACAUCCUCUUUAAAAGGAACCUGACAGCGAUAUGUAGAGAUGCGAUGCUGACCCACCUGAGGUUGACCUCCCACAUCGUGAUGGGACUCCUGAUCGGCCUGCUUUACCUUGACAUCGGAAAUGACGCCAAGUUUGCCUGGAACAACACCGCCUACCUUUUCUUCUCCAUGUUGUUCCUUAUGUUUGCCGCCCUGAUGCCCACCGUUCUCACCUUUCCUCUGGAAAUGUCCGUGUUGGUCAGGGAACACUUAAAUUCCUGGUACAGCCUCCAUGCAUACUACUUGGCGAAAACAUGUGCGGACAUACCGUUACAGAUGAUCUGUCCAAUCAUGUAUUGCGCUAUCACAUACUGGAUGACGAGCCAGCCUUCAGAGGCCGUUCGCUUCUUGCUUUUUGUCUCCUUUUCUACAUCGGUCGCGCUUGUCGCUCAGUCACUGGGGCUGCUCGUAGGGGCAGCAUCACCGUCAACUCAGGUCGCCGCCUUUGUCGGGCCGAUCACAGCCAUUCCCAUUGUCUUGUUCUCAGGAUUUUUUGUCACUUUCAAAAACAUUCCUUAUUAUCUUCGCUGGAUCUCUUACACUUGCUUCGUCAGGUACGGCUUCGAGGGAGUGCUCCACUCCAUCUACGGGUUGGAUCGCAAAAAUCUGGAAUGUAAGGAGCAGAUGUGCAACUUUGAAGAACCCCAAAAUAUCCUGCAAAUGUGGGACGUGCCAGAAGGCAUUAUCUAUGUGGAUUUCAUUAUCUUAGGAGUUUUCUUCACGAUCAUCAGGGUGGUAACUUAUGUAAUACUGCGCUACAGAAUAAGAGCAACCCGUUAG